ACAACUCUUUGAAAAGGCAGAAAGCACAACCAGGGGAUCAGAGAGGCUGAGAUGAUCCCAGCAGUGUCCAACUCUGAUGCUGAAGCUCACCUCCUCAUCCUCCAAUAUGAAGGCCUUUGUAGCCCUUCUCUGCUUGCUCCUCACAGUGGCCACCUCCAGCCCUCAAGUGCUUGCUCAGUCAGACUCAGUUUCCAUCCCACCUGUCUGCUGCUUUAAGGUGGUCAGUAAAAAGAUUCUCAUCCAGAAGCUGGUGAGCUACACCAGGAUCACCAGCAGCCAGUGUCCAAGGGAAGAUGUGAUCUUCAAGGCUAAACUGGACAAGGAGAUCUGUGCUGAGCCCAGGAAGAAGUGGGUCCAGGAUGCCAUGAAACACCUGGACCAAAAUUCCCAAGCCCCAAAGCCUUGAACCUUCACACCUGGACUGGGAGACAGUCGAAACCUGAGGAUAAUCCUAUUUAUUUUCCCCAACCUUCCCUAUAACAUCCAAAAAUUCUGUUAUUAUAAUAUUCAAAAUGAUAUUCAUCUAAUUAUCUGAACAUAAUUUUAACAUAUUUUUAUUUGCAUUUAAGCUAUUAUUGUUUUAACUUGAUAUGCCAUGGAUAUUGAUAAAUUUUCAAAGCCUUGGCUGACUGCUUGGCUCUGUGAGUCCCGAUUUCAAUCAUCAGAAAUGUGUACAAUGCUAUUCUUCUCCUCCCUACUCCCAAAGAAUGUUCUCAGGGUCCUUUCUUGGAUCAUUGACAUGAGGGGAAAAAAAAACUUGCAUUUUUGAAAGAUCAUGUUCUUCCUAAUCAAAAGCGUAAUUUGUAAUGUCUUGUUAAAAUGAAUGUUAUUGUCUGACUCUGGGAUUUUCCAGAAGAAUGCGUUUUGUUUGUAAAAUUAGGCAAAGCUAUUUUCCUUUCGGAGCAACAUGAAGCUGGGUGGAUGAAGACGCAGUGGGGGUGGGGACAUGGUUUUGGGAAAUGGGUUCAAUGUUUUAGGUGAAUGGGCUUUGACGUGGCUGGUCUCCAUGCAGGUUCAAGGAGAAAAUGUCAGGUCAGAGUAGGCAGCUCUAGCACUAUGGUUCUAGUGCCCAACACCAGCUUCCUGGGACCCAAGGACAGCACCAGGCUCACUGCCAUUUUCUUCCUCACCUCCUCAGUCCUCCUCCCUUCCGCCUGAUGGAUGUUUUUCUCCUCAUCUAUUACAAUAGCCUCCAAAAUGUUCUCCUUUCCUUAGUCAUUCCCUAUCCAAUCUAUCCUCAACUCCAUAGAAAUAUUCAUUGUAUGGGAAUUGGAACCUCAGAGGAAGAAUAGGAGAUCAUAGGCUUAAUAUUCAGGUUACAAGUUUUCAGUGAAGAAGACUCAUAACAGAACCUGUCUUAUAGGAUGGGGGUCAGAUAGGAGGAGAGGCUUCGUUAGUUCAGGAUGGACAGGAGAAGAAGCGAGAAGCAGAAAUCUCAUCUGGUUGGAAAUGGUCCAAGAAUAGGAGAAAACCUUAGACAUCUCAGAAUGCUAAUUUGGUCCAUGUUGUACAGGGUCUUGAAUGUCAGUCUGGGUUCAAUUCUGAAGGUGAAAGCAUUGAACCAGCAGGGAAGGGAAGUGCCAUGAGCCGUGGUGUGUUCGAGGAAGAGAAAGCUGGUAGUUGAGGGCAGACAGGAUAUGGACGGGAGGGCCCAAGAUCAGGUGUCUGCAAUGAACCAGGCAAGAGGUAAUGGGUAGGGAUGGGGCAGUUUGUAGGAAAAACGGGGUAACCUGGGGCUUAGUGAAAAUAUUUAGUUAUGAGGACAGAGUGUCAGGGCCUGUAACCCAGGCCUAGAGUAAGCUCCCCAAACACUACUACUGUUAUUUUGAGGCAUGCCUAUCCUGAGCCCCAAAUUUACUGCCUUCCAUCACUAUCCUGAUUCUGUGAUCUCUGAAUAAAUCUAGACAAAGCUGUAAAAUGUAGCCAGGACUGUGAUUCCCAGAUAUUCUGCGAUCUGACCCUGCUACAUUGCUUAGGAAACACAUAAAGAGACAGAGACCAGCCUCCAUGGCAGGAGAUUCACUUCCUUCUCACUACUAAUUGAUUCCUGCCCAAUAACUUAUGGUCUAGACCACAGUCUCCCCAUUCAUCAGCUCCUAAACCAAAGAUUAGUUGUCCAAUCUGGUUUACUGGGACUAACUGCCAAUUGGGAAGCCACCAAGGCGGAGAGAGAGAGAGAGAGAGAGAAGGCAGAAUAACCACCUUCCUGAAGAAUGCGGCCAGGCAGCUAGACAGAACAGCUACAGAGCUCGAGAAAGCUAAAGUUUCGUUUUAACUUUUUACUCUGAUGUUUCUCAACUUGGAUUAAAACCAAAACCAAAGGAAGGACAUUGCAAAAUCAAAGUGGCUUGUUGAGUCUGAGCUCCCUGCAGAACUAAGAGAGGUGCCCACUGACGUCUGUUAUCACUGGGAUCCAUCUCCUAUUCCUGCUGGGCCCAGGGCAUCCUGCCCCUCUAGUUCAUGGCAGAAUCCUGGGGCCUCAUUCUCUCCUGUUUCUUGGAGACUUAUUUCAUUUCCUCAUCUACAGCACAGGCAUCCUGGGAGGUCCAUCUCUGUUAUGUGUCUUCAUCAGGAAGCAUGAAGAUGGAGGUCACAGCUCACAUCCUGGGUUGCUUCCUCCAUCAUUACACUCCCCUCGUUACGAAUAUUCAUAAGAAGAUAACUUAUUAAAUACCACAUGCUAGCAACUCACUGUUCAAAGCCCUGUUCCUGUGUCAGCUCAUAGCAUUCACACCUACUUUAUUGGUAGGGAGACUGAGGCACAGAGAGCUGAAAUAAUAUCCAAAGUAUGAAAGCAACAAAAUCCUGGCAGUCCGGCUCUAGGGUACAUUAUAUUAGCCACUACCUUGCCUGCCCUAGAGCUAAGCAGCAAAGAACUCUUCUCUGCUGAUUCCUAGCCCUAGAUAUCCAGGUCUUGGACAGGACCUUUUUCAAAAAGAAAAUCAUGGGGUAUUAAAAUAGAUGGGGACAUCGAUAUCUCCUGGCCCGGAAAUGGGCAACAUGCAAUAGAGGUGGGUUAUCUCCAACUCUAUGCCCAUGAUAGACAUCAGUCUAGAAUUACAUUGCUGCUUUUCAGAGCCCAAGAUAAGGUCUCACUAUCUUUUCAAAUGCAUUGGUGGUUCAGUGGUAGAAUUAUCAUCUUGCAUGCUGGAGACCCAGGUUCAAUUCCUAGCCAAUGCACCUCAUGCACAGCCACCACCCAUCUGUUAGUGGAGACUUGUGGGAACAGGUUUCAGCAGAGCUUCCAGACUAAGACUAGAAAGAAAGGCCUAGAGAUCUAGGUGAUCUACUUCCAAAAAUCAGCCAAUGACGACCCUAUGGAUCACAACAAUGAUCUAAUCCAUAACUGAUUACGAGGAAGGCACAGGACUGGGCAGUUUUGUUCUGUCGUGCAAGGGCUCACCCUGAGUUGGGGGCUAACUCGAUGGAGCUAACAAUAACAACAACAACAACAUGUCUUUUGGGAUAACACUCACAUUGGAACAUACUUGCCAUCCCUGAUCUUGUUCACUUGAUAGAUGAGGCAGAAAGACCUGACAGGCUCUCCAGUUAGGUCUCAUAGUUACUCAGUGGGUGUGAUCAUUAAGAACGUAUGUCGGCUUGGCUGGGCCGUGAUUCUCAAUGGUUUGGCAUUUAUGAUGUAGUCUGAUGACAUUCCUCGGGGGCGUGGCCUGCAUUGUGUUUAAGUGGGCUUUCUGGCAAGGCUAGUGGGCUUUUGCUCCCACUGGAUCCUGCAACUGGCUCCUGUUCAUCUGAUGCCCAGUUCUUGGGAUUUGAGCUAGCAACUUACUUGCCACCUUGCCUGCUGAUCUUGGAAUUCAUCUAUCUUCAGAGCCUGUGAGAAAGAGCCCUGCUGUCUGAACUGCCACUUUUGAGUUCACCAGCCCAAGUGGCUACAUGAAUCAG